UACCCCUGCCUAGCCGGACCACCUCCUUGUUCUUCCUUAACAGAGCUCUCUGCUUCCAUCCUCGGAGCAGAGAGAGAUCUGUUAUUUCUUUUUCCCGCCAUCCUUCUAAAUCCCAUUUUCUUUCCUUCAGCUUCAAUCUUCGUUCAGCAAAAUACAAACUAAACUAGCCCCGUUCUCUCCAUCUCGUCUCAGUGAUCCCUUGUCGCUGCCAUUAAUCUUCCUUCACCGCCUCUGCUAAAAUGGAAGAAGCUCAGACCAAAAUUCUGAUACCUGUGUCGGUCCAGGAUGACGUCGCGGGACAGAUCAAGAUGAUAUGGGAUGUGAUCAAAGAGCCAUUGUUGGUUCCGCUUCUGAAUGUGGGAGUGUGCCUUUGCUUGGCAAUGGCGCUCAUGCUCUUCAUCGAGAGGGUUUAUAUGGGCAUCGUCAUCGUCCUCGUCAAGCUUUUCUGGAAAAAACCAGAACAGCGUUACAGAUACGAGCCGUUCCAGGACGACGAGGAAGCCGGCACCUCCCAUUACCCUGCGGUUCUCAUUCAAAUCCCUAUGUACAAUGAAAAAGAGGUUUACAAGGUGUCCAUAGGAGCUGCUUGCGGACUCUCAUGGCCUUCGGACCGUCUCGUGAUCCAAGUCCUCGACGACUCAACAGACCCCGCAAUUAAGCAAAUGGUGGAGCGAGAAUGCCAGAGAUGGGCAAGCAAAGGGAUCAACAUAACGUAUCAAAUAAGAGAGAACAGAACGGGGUACAAAGCUGGUGCUCUGAAAGAAGGCCUGAAACGAGGCUACGUGAAACAUUGCGAAUACGUGGCCAUUUUCGAUGCAGAUUUCCGGCCGGAGCCCGAUUUUCUGAGGCGAGCCAUCCCCUUCUUAGAGGGCAAUCCCGACAUUGCUCUCGUUCAAGCUCGCUGGAGAUUCGUGAAUGCGGAUGAAUGCAUGUUGACGAGAAUGCAAGAGAUGUCUUUGGAUUACCAUUUCACAGUGGAGCAAGAAGUUGGAUCAGCCACUCAUGCUUUCUUUGGUUUCAACGGCACGGCAGGUGUUUGGAGAAUUGCCGCUAUUAAUGAAGCAGGAGGAUGGAAAGACAGAACCACAGUGGAGGAUAUGGAUCUUGCUGUCCGUGCCAGUCUCAGGGGCUGGAAGUUUGUUUAUCUUGGAGAUCUUCAGGUGAAAAGUGAGCUUCCCAGUACUUUGAGAGCCUUCCGAUUCCAACAGCACAGAUGGUCUUGUGGUCCUGCUAAUCUGUUCCGCAAAAUGGUGAUGGAGAUUGUAAGGAACAAGAAUGUAAGAUUUUGGAAGAAAGUGUAUGUUAUAUACAGCUUCUUCUUUGUGCGGAAGAUCAUCGCCCACAUGGUCACCUUCUUCUUUUACUGUGUGGUGAUUCCCCUCACAAUAUUGGUCCCAGAGGUGCAGGUUCCUCUAUGGGGAGCUGUCUAUAUUCCCUGCAUCAUCACCAUCCUUAAUUCAGUAGGAACUCCGAGGUCCAUUCACCUAUUGUUCUACUGGAUCCUUUUUGAGAAUGUCAUGUCUCUACAUCGUACAAAGGCAACCUUUAUAGGACUCCUGGAAGCUGGAAGAGUCAAUGAGUGGGUUGUCACUGAGAAACUUGGAGAUUCUGUCAAUGCCAAGAAUAACAAGACAAAUGUCACCAAAGCACCCAAAAAGCCUGCAUUUAAAUUUGGAGAAAGACUAAAUUUAUUGGAGCUGGGAUUUGCGGCCUUCCUCUUCUUCUGCGGAUGCUAUGAUUAUGUGAAUGGAAAGCACAACUACUUCAUAUACCUCUUCCUGCAGACCAUAACCUUCUCUAUAGUAGGAUUUGGCUAUGUUGGCACAAUUGUUUAAAGCUCUUGGAGCCUACAUCUGAAGUUAGUUAGGUUUCCCCUGUACUGUGUCCAUAUCUUUCUAGUUCUUCAGAAUACGUAGAAGGGGCUGAUUAGUUUCUUCGAGCAACGCAUCAGGAAUGGAUGAUCAUCAGCUAAUUCAUUUUCAAGAUGGGAAAGAGAAGUUCUUCCCAUAGUCCCAAAGAUUCAGACAGAUCAAAGGCAGAGAGGAUUUCUGUCACAAUAAAAUAUCCAUAACACAAGCUGGUAUAAGGACAAGGAUGAAGAUCUACGAAAAUGUGAUUCUCCAUUACAGUGCUAGGCAACAGGUAGUUGGUGUUGUUAAUUGUCAGCAUAGGUUGUUUUUGAGAGAUUUUGUAGUUUUGUAUGGGCCUUGUCUUUGUUAGUUUCCCCUAGUUUGAACCCAAUUAUCUGGUGGGGUUGAAAAGUGCACAUUGUAAUUUAUGUUAUUUUUCAUUUCUCAAGGAACGAAUCGAAUCUUAUUUGUCGUUCAUUUAUGUAAUCAACUGCUGCUCCUGUUACAGUUGUACUUGUGGCAAGUGACAUAAAUGAAUGAAAGCUUGUCAAUAAUAUAUUCUUCUUCCGUGCC